AUGGGAAGAACGACAGCGGCGGGCCCGGUUUCGGCGGGCGGCGGAGGCGCGGACGGGACGGAGCUGCCAUUGCAAGAUGGCGGAGCGCCCGCGUACCGGGAGCCUGCCCCCGCAUCACAGAGAAGCCCCUCAGGAGAAGCCCCCGGGAUGGCCGGGAAGGACGAAAAGGAUGGGGAAGAUGGAAAUGAUGGAAGCACGGACGGCUGGUCCGGCAUCGAGGAGCGCCUGGAGGAGAUCAGGGAGAGCCUGCAGACCCCCGGUGCCCCUCGGUCCAGCCGUGUCCGUGCGUGUGACCGCGCCCUGCGCUGGUGCGCGGCCGAGCUGGCGCGGCCCGGCGGGCACCCUGCCCACGGGUGCCAGCUCACGGCCCUGGCCCUGGAGGCUGCCCAGCUGCACCUGAGCCUGCAGCCCGAGCCCCCCGAGCUGUACCUGGAGAGGAUCCUGUUCCACGUGCUGCGCAACGCCGCGGCGUGGGUGGGCCCCCACACCUGGCCCGUGGCCGAGCUGCUGCGGGCGCGGCUCCGGCAGUGCCACCGGCGCCACCGCGACUGGGCCACCGUCACCUCCAGCGCUUUCGGGGUGCUCUGGAGAUCUGCGGCCGCUUUGGCAGGGCCAGAACGGCCCCGGGAGGAGGGCAGGGCGGUGCUGACGGCCAGGAUCCGCGCCCUGCGCUUCCUGCUGCUGCUGGAAUCCCACGAUAAGGAGCCGUCCCCUCGGGAAUCCUUCCAGCCGCCGUUCUUCACCUCGCAGACCGCCCAGCACGCCGCGGCCGCCGCUGUUCUCUACGAGGCUCAGAGAGCUCCGUGCCCGCUUUUCCUGGCCAAGCAGCUCCAGGAAUUGCUGCUGGACACGCUCAGGGAUGAAUCCCCAAAGCCUCCGAGCCUCCAGGACUCCCUGUGCUUCCUGGAGCUCACCCUGGAGCGCUGCCGCCACCUCUGCAAGGCGCGGCGGCCCCGCGACGCUCUGGAGGCUCUGGGAGGUUCCCGAAGGUUCCUGGAGGGAGCUGGGAGUGCUCUGGGAGCCCCUCUGGAGCUGCUGGAGGCCGGGAUCCAGCUCAGCCGGGCCCUGCUAGCCAAGGCAGUGGGCGCCGUGGGGCCGGCGCUGAGGCGGGCGGGAGCGGCGCUGGCGGCGGAAUGUUCCGGAAGGUUCCUGAAGGUGCUGCUGGAGAGCUCCCAGUUCGUGCUGGGGCAGCUCGGGGAGGUGCUCAAGAAGGGCCGAGAGCUGCCCCUCGGCCUCCAGGAGCUGCCUGGCAUCUGUGGCUUCUGCCAGGGCCACGGGCGGGCGCUGCGGCGGCUGCUGGCACAGGUCCCUGCUGACUCCAUCAGGGAUCAGGUGGUGGUGAAGCAGUUGCUGUUCCAGGGCCUCCAGCUCUUCUCCAACGCCAUCCACGAAAUAUUCCAGCGCUGCCAGCCCUCGGAGGGGCCGGAGCUGUCCCAGGUGACCACGAGCUGUGUGCAGAGUGUCACCUGGAUGCUGCAGGGGCUGCAGGGGCUGCCCGAGGCCGAGAGGGGCAAAUUCCUCGAUGUCACCGCCGUGGUCGCCGCCCGCCUGGGCCAGGCCCUGCAGAGCCGGAACGUUCCGGAAGCGGCCGCAGCCGUGUGCGAGCCCCUGUGCCGGGCAGUGCUGGAUGGCCAUGGCUACAGCUGGGCUGGGGUCACCCCCGAGAGGCUCCACAGGUGUUUCCGGCUGCAGGUGCAGAGCUGGCGCUGCCAGGGGCACCCAGAGCGGGCCCUGGACACGCUGGCACAGUGGCUGCUGGCCCUGGGGACACCUUCCCAGGGCUUGGGGACACCUUUCCAGGGCUUGGGGACACAUUCCCAGCCUGGCUCCCUGGUGGCUGAGCUGGUGACGCUCUGGGCCAGGAUCAAGACGGAGGCGGCCAAACAGGGAGCAGAGGAGCUGAGGCUGAGGACCCUGCGGGACGCCCUGCAGUCCCAGUGCCAGUCCCAGUGCCAGCCCCUGUGCGGGGACACGCUGCUGCUGCUGCUGCUGGCCGAGCUCCAGGCCUACAAAUCCCUGCGGGGCCCCACGGGGCCGGAGCGCUACAACGUGCUGUGCGACCUGCUGGGGCUCCGGGACCCCCCGGGAAUGCUGGACCCCAACCGGAGCCUGCCCAGGGCGGUGGCGCUGCUGGAGCUGGGACAGCUCCUGUGCAACCACAGCUUCAGUGCUCACACGGAAUGCUCGGCCCUGGACGCCAUCCAGGAGUCCCUGAGGCUGCUGGAGUCGCUGGCCCAGAAUUCCCAAAUCUGCAAUUCCCAAAUGCGGGAUCAGCUCCUGGAUGAACGGGCCCAGGCCCUGCUCUGGCUCCACAUCUGCACCCUCGAGGCCCUCCUGGAAAAGAGCGUGGCCCGGGAUCGGCGCGGCCGGGGCCGGGCUCAGGGGGAUCAGGAGGAGCCCGAGGGGGAUCAGGAGCCCCAGGGGGAGCGGCCGGGGGCGCCCGACGGGAUCCGCUGCAGCCUCAGCUCCGACCACGCUCUGUCCAAGCCCCUGGACGAGGCCUUUUCCCUGUGGAAGAAGCUUCUGGAACAUCGCGGAGUUCCCUCCGUGCGCAGCCCCGAGCAGACCCUGAGCUCCCUGCAGCUCCUGGCAGCGCUCUACCGGCUCCAGGACAAGCCCAUCCAGGCCCUGGAGAGUUUCCAGCUGCUGCUCUCCCUGUGCCGGCGCCUCGGGGAUGGUUUGGGGGCGGCCAACGCCCUGAGCCAGAUCUGCAGGAGCCUGCUGCAGCUGGGGAGCCCUGGGCAGGCUCAGGUUUUCCUGGAGGAGCUGGAAUUUUGCCUGGGGGAGGACGAGGGCACCGAGGAUUCCCGGCUGCUCCUGCGCCACUCCCGGCUCCUGCUGCGCAGCCAGCGGAUCAGGGCGGAUCAGGGUGUGCCCCUGCUGCUGCAGGCCCUGAGGGAGCCCCAGGCCCCCAGGCCCACCCGGGGCUGGUUCCUGGCCCAGGCCCAGGCCCUGCAGGUCCUGGCCUCGUUCUUGGAGCUGCCCCCGGCGCACCUGGAGCUGCCAAUGCGGGAGCUGAUCCGGCGGCAGGGCUGGAGCAGCCCCAAGGUGGCCCUGCUGGAGGCGCAGAAGCUGCUCAGGAGCGUCCUGGUGUCCCUGAUGGGCAGCGAGGUCCUGGGCAGCGCCCGCGGCCGCCCGCCCGAGGAGCCCGGCCCCGACUGCGGCCCGGCGCUGGUGCACAAGUGGCAGGUGCUGGGGGACGCCCUGGGCUGCUGCCAGCGCCUGGUGACGCUGCUGGGCCACUGCGAGGUGCUGUGCAGGGCCAGGGCCUUCUGCAGCGAGGGGCUGACCAUGGCCGGACACCUGCAGGCCGCCCGCCGGUGCGCGUGGUUCCUGGUGCUGCAGUCCCAGCUGGAGCUGCAGCAGGGGGAGCUGGAGCUGAGCCAGUCCCACCUCCAGCACGCCCAGUUCCUGCUCCAGCCACAGACUGAACCCAAACCCCGCCGGGAGCCUCGGCCCCGCCGGGCCAGGAUCCAGCUCCGGAAGGGCCCCCUGGACAGGAGGAACCCCCUGGACCCCAUUGCUGACCCCGUUCCAGGCGGGGAUGAGGAUGAGGAGUUCCUGAAGGGUCCCUCCCUGGCCCUGCUGGCCCCGGCCGCGCUCCCGGAGCAGCCGGACGCCCUCACGGCCUCGCCGGAGCUGAAGGAGAGAAAAGCCUGGAAAAGUCUGGAAUUCCUGUCCCACCCCUCGGGGUGUCCCUGCUCCUUCUGCUUUUGGGACGAGGAGCUGGAGCGGGGUCUGAGCCUUUUGGGGUCCCUCAGUCCCCCUGUGGCCGGCCUGGGCGUGGCCGUGGCCACUCUGCUGCUGGCCAAAGCCGUGGCCACCCUCGGCCGCGUGGCCGCCGCCCUCGGUCACUCCAUGGACGAUGUCCUGGCCCAGGCCUGGACCCCCCGUCCCCCACCCACCCCCAACCCCGCAAAACCCCCAAAAACCCCCAAAGCUCCCCCCAAAACCGAACCCCAAAAAGCCAAACCCCCCAAAACCAAGGUCGGAAAGAUCCCAAAAGUGAAGCCCCCCAAGUUUGGGGACGUUUUCGCCCUUGGGGACUCGGACCCCGAGGUUCCCCCCAUUGUCCUGAGACCAGGGGGGCCCUGCACCCCCCACCCCAAAUUGGGGGUGCCCCCAAAGGCGCUGGUGGGGGGGCCUGGGACCCCCUUCACCAUCUUCAGCGAGGAGCCCUCCCCGCCCGGGGGCCGCUCCCGGCUCCGCAGGGCCCCCAAAAUCCCAGCCAGGGUCAAGUCCCGCAUCAGGGUGACGUUCAGUGACAGCGACCCCGAGGAGCCCCAAAAGCCCCCAGAUCCCCCCAAAACCACCCAGAAAAUUUCCUGUGCCAAGAGGAGGAUUCAGCCCCAAAAAUCCCCCAGGAAUUCUCCAGGAAUUGGGGCUCGGACCCGGCGGGGACGGCCCCGAAAGGAGCUGGGGACCCCCAAAAAGAGGGAAAAAAGGGGAAUCAAGCACGAGGAAAAUGUGGAAAAGAAGGAAAAUGACAUCCCCCAAAUGGCUCUGGAAAAGAGGGAAAGAAGGGGAAACUCCAGAGUGGAAAAUGUGGAAAAAACAGGAAAUCCUAACAUGGAAAAUGUGGAAAAAAUGGGAAAUCCCAAAAUGGAAAAUGUGGAAAAAAUGGGAAACCCCAAAACGGAAAAUGUGGAAAAGAAGGAGAAGGGAAAACCCAAAAACCCUCUGGAGAAGAAGGAGAACAGGGGUCCCCGCCGGGCUGGGGGUCCCAGGGAGAAGAAGGAGAGGGGGAACCCCCAAAGUGGAAUUUUGGAGGAAAAGAGGAACUGGGAAUUUUCUGGGAUUGAGGAGCGGGACCCCCUGAGGGCCGUGGAGGAGGAAGAGGAGGAGGAGGAAGAGGAGAUGAGCUUCGAGCUCCCCCCGCUACCCCCAGGUGGGGCCAGCAAGGAAAUGCCAGGAAUUGGGGACAAGGGGGACCCCCCAAAUCCAGAGGGAGCCCAGCCCUCUGCCCAGCCUGGAGUUUUCUCUCCAGAACUUUUCCCCAAAACUUCACCUCUUCCCCUCAAAUUUUCCCUUCUUCCCCAAAACUUUUCCUCCCAAACUUUUCCCAAACUUUGUGCCCCCUCACUGACCACUGUCCCCAUUGUCCCCACAGGUGUCCCCUCCCUGGCCGCUGUCCGCUCGCUGCUGGCCGAGGCGCUGGCCUGGCUCGGGCACUGUCCCCCGGGCUCUGUCUAUGCCCAGCUGUGCCAGCUGCUGGCGCUGGCCGUGGGGGACAGGGACCCGCUGGGCACGGCGGGGCUGCUGGCCGAGUCCCUGGGUGUCACCCUGCGCCACCAGCUGCUGGCCAUCGUCCACGCCAGGGCACGGAAGAAGAGGAAAGCAGCAGCAGCCGGAGGGGACAUCUCAGAUCAGCUCCGGGGCCUCUCCCUGGAUUCCCAAAAUUCCCAGGAUUCCCAAAAUUCCCAGGAUUCCCAGUCCCACCUGGCCGAGCUCGAGGAGCUUUUCCAGUUCAGCUCCGCGGGUUUGGGGCCGGCGCAGCGGGAGCGGUUCCGGGAGCAGCUCCAGAAGAUUCCCAAUGGUGUCACGGUGUGCCAGCUGUCCCUGGUCAGUGCCACCCCCGGUGCCCUCGGGGACACGCUGCUGCUGACCCGGCUGGAGCGCGGCCAGGAGCCCGUCAGCGUGCGCAUCGCCACCGAGCGCUGCCAGGCCCCCCUGAGCGGGAUCCUGCGGGAAUUCGAGCGGAUCCAGCGGGAGCAGCGCGAGGCCAACGCCUGCACCGAGCGCCAGGAGUGGUGGGAGCGGCGAUCCCGGCUGGACCUGCGCAUGCAGAGCCUGAUCCAGAGCCUGGACUCGGAGGUUUUGGGGUGCUGGCGGGGGCUGCUGCUGCCCCGGGAUCCCGAGAAUUCCCCCCUGGAUGAGCAGGAAUUGUCCCAACUGCUCCAGGAGCUCCAGGAAUGCGGCUGGGAGCGCCCCGAGCCCGCCCUGCUCCAGGUGCUGCUGUCCGUGCUCUGCCCGGCCGAUGCCCGCUCUCUGGCCGCUGCCCUGUGCCCGGCCCGGCCGCUGCGGGCGCGGCUGCUGCUGGACGAGGCCCUGGAGCGGCGCCGGCAGAGCCCCGGGGGCAGCGCGGGGUCCCUGGUGCUGCUGCUGGACAGGCACCUGCAGCGCCUCCCCUGGGAGAGCUCCGGGACCCUGCGGAACGUUCCGGUGACGCGGCUGCCGGGGCUGCGCUUCCUGCUGCGCUACGGGAUAGCACAGCGCUCGGGGUCGGUGCUGAGCCGGGGUGUGAACCCCAAAAACGCUUUCUACGUGCUGAACCCCCAGCGGGACCUGGGCGGCACCGAGGAGCGGUUCCGGGCCUGGUUCGAGAGUGAGCCCGGCUGGCGCGGGGUCUCAGGGGCAGCGCCGACCCCGCAGCAGCUGCAGGAGGCACUGGGGGAGCGCGACCUCUACAUUUACGCCGGUCACGGAGCCGGGGCGCGGCUCCUGGACGGGCAGAGCCUCGCCCGCCUCCCCUGCCGGGCCGUGGCUUUGCUCUUCGGCUGCUCCAGCGCCGCCCUGGCCCCGCGGGGAGCGCUCGAGCCCUCGGGCCCCGUGCUCAAGUUCGUCCUGGCCGGGUGCCCGCUGGUGCUGGGGAACCUGUGGGACGUCACGGACCGGGACCUGGACCGGCUGGCGCAGGCGCUGCUGCGGGGGUGGCUGGGGGGGGCCCCGGGACCCCCCCUUUUGGGGCAGCUGGCCCAGGCCCGCCAGGCCCCCCGCCUCAAAUCGCUCAUCGGGGCCGCGCCCGUGGCCUACGGGCUGCCCGUCAGCCUCUGCUGA